ACAUUUAAAACACCAGCACAGUUGACAUUGUCCGUAGUCCUGAGUUCAUCAUUGAAACCAACCAUUGGUUCGCAUCCAAGAACCCGUCGUAUACACAUAUACAUAAAUAUUUCAGCUAGUAGUAUGCAUAUCUGUAACCGAAAGUAGGUAUGUAGCUGCCUGCAGCUCCCAUUACAAAGUUUACAAAAGUUCAGACGAAACAUGUAGUAACGUAAGCAUUUGAAAGUAUUGGAAACUUGUUGUGUGUAAUAUUAUGCCAUUUCAUUUUCCUAAAAUUCGGUUCCACAAUGAAUUGCAAAACCAAUUCACAUUUAAAACUGUUAUUUUUCUUUAAAACUCAACACGUGUCUUCAACAGAGUUUAUUUCUGACAAAUAUUAUUAAAUAUUAAGUACGAACAUAAUCUAAGAAAUAAUAAUCAAUAGCAGCAAUGGAAACUGGAUGUGCAUUUCCACAUUAAGGAGAAACAUCCUCAACUGUUCAAAGAGUACUCGUUCAAGAGCAGGAAGUGCAGAAUCUGUUCAGGUGUCUGCACGUCCCUCAAUUUCAUGGGACUCCAGGUUAUAAGACUCCCAUGUCGUCGAAAGAAAAUGUAAGCCCAGAAUGAAGAAGAAAGCGGAAGAGCCGAAGAAAACCAACGCACUUUUCACCUCUUCGGACGUCGUCUCAAUGUCUGCUGAAUCUCGAAGACAGCAAAAUCAUGUCACAAUUCAAAACCCAGAAACAGGUCGAGGUCACGUUGUGGUUCAAAAUGGACAAAAAAACUAUCAAAAUCAAGAAAGUUUCAUCCUGUUGCAAGAAAGGAUUCAAAAUACUCAAAAUCCUCGACCUCUCGGCUUUAACCAGAAAAUUUGUGGAACGAGAGGAGUUUCAGAGUCUACCGAUAUGCAGCCGAACCCUAAAAAGACACCCCAUAACAGUAAUUUUACACAACCAGUGUGCACUUCGUUUUUAUGCAGCAGCCGUGAUAAGAACGUAACAGAGCUAUGUGCCUCAUGCAAGGAGACAAAUGAUUUGCUACUUCCAGACUCUCGUACUCAUUUACUCAGUUUGCCAACCACAGACAAUCCAAUAUCUUUGAAUAAUCCAGUGCCUUUAAACGCGCAAACAGCAAAUAAAGGGGGCGCAAUUCGCGAUAUGAAAAACUGUAAGAGGACCGUGAAAUUAAUUAAGACAGCAAAAAAUCCGAACGUAAAUCUUCAAAACUCGAAACAAUCAAGCAAUGAAAACAACGACGGAGACGGGUUCCAGAUCAACCGAAUUGUGCUAAAAAUAAAGAAGGAGCUUUGGGAGCAAGUGAAAAUGGAACGGGAUCAGUCGGUGGAAUAAGUCGAGUGCCAAUACUGAUUCCUAGUAAUUUCAACAAUUAAAUCACGCUUAGACAUGACAAAGUUAUUUUAAUCAGUUACAGACACUUAUAGAAUUAUUGUUAUCUCUUUUACACCGAUUUUAAUGUGUUCAUAUUUUUACACCCCGAAUUUCAUGUACAUAACGCAACCAUGAUAACCUUUUAAGCAUGUGAAUCACAUGAUGUGAUACAUAGACGAUGAUGGUAGCGGUUGUAUAGGUUUUUUUAUAUUAAACUAUUUAUUAACACAAAGGUAUUAAAGGUUUAUAUUUUCUGUUUCUUUUUCUCGAUA